CAUCGACUCGCUUGUGUCUCGUGACUAGUGACAGUCACGCAGCGUUUUGCCCGAAUAAAAGCUCAAAACAAAACUGCAACAUUGCAGAUAUUUUUCGUUUUUAUUUAUCACCGGCUGAGCCCAUUUUGCCUUCACACCACAGGAAGGAAAUGCCUCUGUGAGCUGUUGUCUUGCUGUUGACAAAUCAGCAAAAUGUCUGGAAACAAUCUGGUUCUACCCAUUGUACUAUGGGGCCGCACUGCUCCAACCCACUGUAUCAGCAGCCUCUUGGUGAUGGAUGACUUCAGCACAAUCAUCACUGGCUGCCAUGAUGGACAGAUCUGCCUUUGGGACAUGACGUCGGAGCUGGAGAUUUGUCCCAGGGCCAUGUUAUUCGGUCACACUGCCUCCAUCACCUGCCUUUCUAAAGCUAGCGCCUGCAGUGAUAAACAGUACAUUGUCAGUGCAUCGGAGAGUGGGGAGAUGUGUUUAUGGGAUGUAAAUGAUGGCCGCUGUAUUGAAUUUACCAAACUGGCUUGUGCUCACACCGGCAUACAGUUUUACCAGUUCACUAUAGGCACUGAGCGAGAAGGUCGUUUGCUCUGUAAUGGCCAUUACCCAGAGGUUAUUGUGGUAGAUGCUACCAGUCUGGAAGUGCUUUACUCGCUUGUGUCCAAAAUUUCCCCUGACUGGAUCAGCUCCAUGAGCAUCAUCCGAUCACACCGCACACAAGAGGACACGGUCGUGGCAGUGUCAGUGACUGGGAUUUUAAAAGUCUGGAUCAUCACAGCAGAGGUCAACCGGAUGCAGGACUUGGACCCAGUGUUUGAAGAGGAGUCCAAACCCAUCUAUUGUCAGGGUUGUCAGAGUAUUUCCUUCUGUACUUUUACUCAGAGCAGCCUGCUGGUGGUCUGCUCCAAGUUCUGGAGGGUUUUUGAUGCGGGUGACUAUUCACUGCUCUGCUCAGUGCCCAGUGACAAUGACAAGACCUGGGCUGGUGGAGAGUUCAUUGCCGCAGACAAAGUCAUCAUUUGGACUGAAGAUGGCUGCAGUUAUAUCUAUAACCUACCGGCCAGCUGUUUACCUGCGAGUGAACAUUUCCGCAGUGAUGUGGGCAAAAAAGAAGGCUCUAUACCGCCAUUGAUCUACAGCAUAGAGAACCUAACAGACAAACAGCUCCUGAUAUGUCCUCCUGUGACUCGCUUCUUCUUUGGUCGACGGGAGCCAUUCUACAAGCUACUGAUCCAGGGAGACUCUGCAGGGAGGCUGUCUCUUUGGAGCAUCCCAGACUCUUCGCCUCCACGGCCACUGUCCGCUCCAAAAGAGCUCCAAGUCUCAUCCACCAUCAGUCUGCAAGAGGCAUUUGACAAAUUGAUUCCUGUGUCUUCUGGUAUCAUUGACCAGCUCAGUGUCUUACCUAGCAAAGAUGAACCCAUUAAGGUGACGGCUAGUGUCUACAUACCCUCCCAGGGUCGACUAGUGUGUGGAAGAGAGGAUGGUAGCAUUAUUUUGGUUCCUGCUACUCAGACCGCAAUUGUUCAAUUACUGCAAGGAGAACACAUGCUUAGAAGAGGAUGGCCACCCCAUCGUACACUCCGAGGUCACAGGAAUAAGGUCACAUGUGUACUGUAUCCAUACCAGAUAUCUCCUCGCUAUGAUCAGCGCUCUUUGGUGUCGGGUGGUGUGGACUUUUCUGUCAUUGUUUGGGACAUUUUCACCGGAGAAAUGAAGCAUAUUUUCUGUGUCCAUGGAGGAGAGAUAACACAACUCAUUGUCCCACCAGAAAACUGCAGCACUAGGGUGCAACACUGCGUAUGCUCUGUUGCCAGCGACCACUCGGUUGGCCUGCUCAGUCUUAGAGAAAGAAAGUGCAUCAUGCUUGCAUCCCGGCACCUGUUCCCAAUACAAGUGAUCAAGUGGCGCCCGGCAGAUGACUACCUAGUUGUUGGAUGUUCUGAUGGCUCCGUUUAUGUCUGGCAGAUGGAUACAGGGGCCUUGGACCGUUGUGUAAUGGGUAUAACUGCUGUAGAAAUACUCAAUGCCUGUGAUGAGCUGGCUCCUGCCACAGUGGAUGCCUUGAGCCAUUCGGCAGUGAACCUGAAGCAAGCAAUGACUCGCCGGAGCCUGGCGGCACUAAAGAACAUGGCUCAGCACAAACUGCAAACACUUGCCACCAAUCUGCUGGCGGCAGACAACGCUGACAAGGGAAACUUGCCCAAAUACUCUCACAACGCACUAGUGGUCCAAGCAAUGAAGACCAACCUCACAGACCCAGACAUGCAUGUCCUAUUCUUUGACGUGGAAGCGGUGAUCAUCCAGUUGUUGACAGAAGAAGCUCAGAGGCCAAAUCCCAUGUUGGUGUCCCCUGAGACCCUGCAAAAAAGCCAGGCUGGGGCUGACAAGGGAGGCUCUUUCCUGGCCAACAAGAUCUUUAAGCAGGUUAAGGAAACAAUGAAGGAGACCAUCAAGGAGCAUCUACUGGACGAAGAUGAGGAAGAAGAAGAGGAGAUGAGGAGGCGCGAGGAGAAGUCAAAGUCUCUGAGUCUUCUGGAAUAUAACCUGACAAUGGACACGGCGAAACUCUUCAUGUCCUGCUUGCAUGCUUGGGGCCUCAACGAGCAGCUGGAUGGUAUCUGUCUGGACAGACUUGGUAUGCUCAGGCCACACUGCCCCAUCUCGUUUGGCCUGAUUUCAAGAGGGGGUCACAUGUCCUUGAUGCUACCCACCUUCAAGGAAUCUUUGCUGCGACAGUUGUCCCUUGCUACAGGACGGAAACUGACAUUGUCAGACAUUGUUGGCAAGGGGACAUACGGUGUGUCAAGGGCGGUCACUACACAGCACCUCUUGUCCGUCAUCUCUCUGGCCAACACUCUGAUGGGCAUGACUAAUGCCACCUUUGUUGGAGAACACAUGAAGAAGGCACCAGCCAGGCCUCCCAGACCAGGAGGAACCCCGGAGACUCCUCGUAGGAUGCCAGCCACACCCCCUCAGCACUCCAACCCCAUGCUACAAGCCCAGAUCAAACAAGCUGCGGUAGCCACCACAGCCAGCACCAACGUUUCUGCUACCGCUACAACUGCUGGGCCCCUAGGGGCCCCUGGGGUACUUCCUCAGAGGCCCCCUGGCCCUGGUCCUGCUUCUCAUAGCAUCCCCUCAGUCAAUGAAGGUUGGAGCCAGCUUGCGGCAAUGCACUGUGUUAUGCUCCCUGACCUUUUGGGCCUGGAUAAGUUUAGACCUCCGCUAUUAGAGAUGCUGGCAAGGAGAUGGCAGGACCGCUGUCUUGAGGUGCGGGAAGCAGCACAAGCUUUAUUGUUGGCAGAGUUGAGAAGAAUCGGCCAAUCAGGUCGUAAGGACACAAUUGAUUUAUGGGCACCUUAUCUGCCUCAAUACGUGGACACAGUCAGCUCCCCUGGCACAUCCGCAGAACCCUCAGUUCCACUCCCGCCACCUGCUGAAGCUCAACCACUUGAGGUCAAGGCACCUGAGGAAGAAAUGGACGUCACUGACGAUGAUAUCACUGCAGGCUGCCUCUCGAAUCUUCCACCAAAUGCCAAGAAGAUUUCCAAUUCGUAUGAGGAGCGCCGCAAACAAGCCACCGCCAUUGUGUUGCUGGGUGUAAUCGGUGCUGAGUUUGGGGCCGAAAUUGAACCUCCAAAAGGUGCGGCACGUACACGACUUGGCGGGCAGGUCCCUGAAGGCUUUGGACCAACAAGUGGCAGUUCCUCAAAUUAUUCCCUGGCAAGACACACAUGUAAGGCUCUGACCUUCCUGCUGCUGCAGCCCCCCAGCCCAAAGCUGCCACCACACAGUACAAUCCGCCGCACUGCCAUCGAUCUGAUCGGCCGAGGUUUCACCGUGUGGGAGCCCUACAUGGAUGUGUCCGCAGUGCUUAUGGGACUGCUGGAGCUUUGUGCUGAUGCAGAGAAGCAGCUGGCCAAUAUUACUAUGGGAUUGCCACUCAACCCACCAGCUGAUUCAGCUCGCUCAGCUCGACACGCCCUCUCGCUUAUUGCAACUGCCCGGCCACCUGCGUUCAUCACCACCAUUGCAAGAGAGGUCCAUCGAUACAAUGCUGCCCAGGCUAACUCUCAAUCACAACAAAACGUUCACACAACCACUCUUGCCCGAGCAAAGACUGAAAUAUUGAGAGUGAUUGACAUUUUAAUUGAGAAGAUGCCUGGAGACGUUGUAGAUUUGCUUGUCGAGGUGAUGGAUAUCAUCAUGUACUGUAUUGAAGGUUCUCUGGUAAAGAAGAAAGGACUGCAAGAGUGUUUUCCUGCUAUUUGCAAGUUCUACAUGGUGGGUUACUGUGACCGUAGUCAUCGCAUUGCUGUCGGAGCUCGUCAAGGUUCAGUGGCCCUCUACGAUGUUCGCACUGCAAAAUGUCAGAACAUUCAUGGUCAUAAGGGCCCAAUCACAGCAGUCUCAUUUGCCCCUGAUGGCCGGUAUCUGGCAACGUAUUCGAAUGCUGACAGUCAUAUCUCCUUUUGGCAGAUGAACACCAGUCUGCUGGGCAGUAUCGGGAUGUUGAACUCGGCCCCACAGCUUCGUUGCAUUAAGACCUACCAGGUGCCUCCAGUCCAGCCAGCAUCUCCUGGCUCCCAGAACCACUUGAAGCUUGCGCGCCUCAUCUGGACCUCCAACCGGAAUAUUAUCCUAAUGGCGCAUGAUGGCAAGGAGCACCGCUUUAUGGUUUGAAUGGGAUCAGUACUACCAAGCCCUAUAUUUUUUUGCAUAGAUCACUUUAACGUCCAUCUACUUGAUUAGUAUGGAUCCACUGUUAAGAAGCAAUCACUGUGGGCAAGUUUUAUUUCAAAAAUUAUGUAGAAUGAGGCUUAGAUUAAAGACUUAUAAGCAACCAAAUCAUUUUUAGAAGCGAUCAGAUGUUACAACAGAACAAACUUUAAAUUUAAGUUUCUAAGUGUAUAAAAUGUUAUUUUAUCUCCCACAGUGAUACUUAUGAAGGAACUUGCUUGAUUAUAUAUUUAUUGCCUGAAACACAAGGUUUACAUUCUAAUUUCCUUCGUAGUCAUUUUAAUUUGAUAUUUGUAACUUCUAGUCAUUCCUAAUUGUUUGUUUACCUCCUUUGUCAGAGUUGGUGCCAUUAGUGGUCCCAGCAUGCAUUGCUAUUUAUGCAGUUUAUUAUAUGUUAGCCUUUAUUAUGCCGGCAAAUUAGGUUUUGUUCAUUGUGUUGAAAUUUUAGGAUACUUUUCUUUUUAUUUCUAGCUAUAUCAUUUCGAUUGACAUCUGUGAAUAUACUUGUUAGCGACUGCUGUUAAAAAGUUGUCGUUUAAUUCCAUAUUUACGAAAAGGGAUUAGGGACACUGAAGGAAAAAAAUAAGAUGGUCAAGAUUCUGACUUUAAAGUGAGAAUUCUGACUUUAUUCUCAGAAUUCUGACUUUCUUCACAGAAUUCUCACUUAGAAUUCUGACUUCAAAGUGAGAAUUCUGUGAAGAAAGUAAGAAUUAUGAGAAUAAAGUAUGUAUUCUGACUUUAUUCUCAGAAUUCUGACUUAGUAUUCUGCUUUAAAGUGAGAAUUCUGUGAAUAAAGUCAGUAUUAUGAGAAUAAAGAACUGACUAUUCACAGAAGUCUAAGUAAGAGUGCUGUGUUCUCACUGUAAAGUCAGAAUAAUAAGUGAGACUUCUGUGAAUAAAGUCAGAAUUCUGAGAAUAAAGUCAGAAUUCUCACUUUAAAGUCAGAAUUUUGAAAAUUCAACAUUUAAUUGCAGAAUUCUGACUUUAAAGUCAGAAUUUUCACCUUUUUUUCUUUCUUCAGUGGCCCUGAUCCUCUUCCAAACAUAUUUACUCCAUGCCGUCUGCCAUUCCUUUGGCUCCUAUUGCUCCUUCUGAUAUGGAGUUGAAUGGGACAACUUGGUCAGUCCUUAUCACAAAGGUCAUCAAUCCUUAAGAAAAAUAUUAAAGCUUAGUGGCACUUAUUAGGGCACAUUAAUGUAAAAAGGAGUUGUUAAAUUUUCCUCCAUGGCAGUGUCCAAUUAUAGACAAAAUAUAACUCUCGAGUCCUUGCGAGCAUGAAUUGACAUUGUCAUUGUAUGUGAUGAACGCACAGAUCAGUGAAUACAUAACCCUUCCCACCUAUAGAUUUGAGUACUCUUCAAAUUAACAGCCCUCACUUAAACGCAAUUAUGAGCAGUGGAGUCUGCUUAAGUUCCUGUCAUGGAAAUAUAUGUUCAGAUGCUCAGUUUUAUCAUGCUUCCCUAGUUACCACUUCACUUCAUUCCACUUGCUUUUAGUCUGAGUGGUAGAAAAAAAUCCUGAGAUGUUCAGUAUUUAUAUCAAUGCAUUUGUGUAAGGCUAAUAUCUUGCCCUAUCUUGUCUCUUGUGAUGCAUGUGACUGCCUGAAUGCCUACCUGGUACUGAGUUGUGUUGAGUUUCUGAGUUAAAACAAAUUUACUAACUUCUCUCCAUAAUUACAAGUACAUUUUAGUUACGCAUCGAUAGUGAGAAUAACAUAGAUUUGAAGGACUGCUAUCCACACACAUUGCUCCUACUCUAGGCCUUCCCAUCUUUUCUGGCAUAAGGAAGCACAUAAAAGAAGCUAAAAGGCCUUUGAUUAAUGCUUGCCAUAAUCCUGUGACACGUUCGCAUCACAUGCAAUGACUUCAUUGCUAUUUCUGGCUACAAGAUCAACCCAGCACUAUGGUGGUUUUUCUUUUUGCAAAUAAUCCUCAUAAUACGGAAAUUUUGUCUCAGCAUUUUUUGUUUCAUACCGUUUUAUGCACUAAGAUGAGUAUAUUCGUGAAUACCAUGAUAUUACUAAAGUGUUUGUGAAUAGGUUUUAAAUUGCAAUCUCAUUUAAGUACCCUUCCAGUCUCCCUUGCGUCCUUGGCUCCUCCCUCGAUGUCUUGGCUGGUUUCAUUGGUGCUGUCAGAAAGCUUCUAACAGUGAUACACACCUGUAAAGACAAGUGUCAAAGCUUUUCACGAGAUUCUUCUCAAUUUAGAGGAGAGGGAAAAAAGUCAUCUGGGAGCUCAUCAGACUGUCCUUGAGAUCAGUACGGUGAAUAAAAUGUCUGCACUCCUGUUCAAAUGUUAGGCUUUUUUGUAAUGUAAAUAGACAGCAACCAUGUCAAGAAUCUUAUUGUUCAUAGGUGCCAACUGCAGAGUACCAAGAAUUAACAAUUUAAUACACCUUCAAAUAGAAAAAAUAUUUCACAACUAUGUCAAUUCCCAGAACUGGACAAGGACAGUCCAGUCAAAAGUGAUAAAAAUAAAAGUUUAGAGAGGGUGCAAAGGAUGCAGAUUUUCUGCCCAGUACUAGCCGUUAUGUGCAUGUGACAAAUACCUCUGAAAUAUUCAUCUUCAUCUCAUUUUUUGCUAUCCCAAAAAUACAGCAUUUGAACAGGGGUGUGUCAACUUUUUAUAUCCGCUGUAGCUCCAGAGAGCAUUGAGAUCUUCAUCUUAGAUUUUCUCUCGCGCAUGCUCAAGGGUUUGGAAAAAAGCUGUUUUUGUCAGCCUCUCAGGGGGAGAGAAGGUGAGAAAACAGAGGCAAAGAGGAAGAGCUGAAGAGUAAGUAACAAGUGAGCGAGAUCAGUCAUCCAAAAAAAUGAAAACAUUCUCUGGUGAAGGAAGUGAACCGAAGAAGCUUAAGUGGUAUGAUGCAAUGUCGUGGAAAGCUUCAGGGUUACAACGUGAUAUAACAUCAUCAUUUUACCACUCAACUAGAUUGUGAUGGAAAAUUUUCAUCCCCUUAAAAAAAUAAUCAUUUUAAGUCCAUUUUAGCAACUUCUUUCUCUGUAUAGCAGAUUUUUCACCAUAAGCUCUAGUUAAGAUGUGUAAAGUGAGGAUUCAUACUGGUGGCAUUUACUGUACCAUACCCUGUCAAGUGGUUUCUAAGUGUAUAUUGUGUUUAUGUGCUGUAAGGAUAUUAUCUUGUGUGUGUAGUGCAUGUGUGUGACCUCUGUUACACACUUUGAAUUCAAUGUGCAUCAAAUUAAUGUGUAGUGGUAAACUUCUUGUUUUGAAUAUGUGACUAAUAAAGAUGGAGGAAAGGCGGAA